AGAAACAAGCAACCGUCUCCACCAUCUGCCCAUAGACCACACCGCACCGAAGAGACGGGAGGCAGCGAGAACGCCCGGAAGAACCGAGAGCGCUCCGGAGAUGUCGGCGGAGGAGCUGCGGCUGGAGCUGGACGAGCUGAGGCAGCUGGAAGGCCUAGCCAAACGCCCCCGCGUCCAGUCCCUCCUCGCCAACGAGAUCCGCAUCGUUGAAGCCAAGUUAGCGAAGGCAACUGCACCAGCGCCUGAGCCGCAGGCGGCGCUUUCUGCGCCUGCGCGUCCUGGUUUGAACUACGUCACGUUGGGGUCGUUCAGCUGGGAUCAGGACAACGAGAAGAUCAGGAUUUAUGUAUUCCUGGAGGGAGUCGAGCAAGAGAAGGUGGAGACUGUUUUUAAGCCAAUGUCAGUGGAUAUAAAGUUUCAUGAUGUUAAAGGCAAAAAUUAUCGGUGUGCCAUACCAAAGCUGAACAAGGAAAUUGUUCCUGAGAAAUGUAAGGUUGUGGUGAAGCCUACAAAGGUUGUUGUUACCCUUUGCAAAGCUUCUAAAGGCAACUGGUUAGACCUGUAUUUCAAGGAAGACAAGUUCAAGCCAAGCAUGGACAAGGAGAAGGACCCAAUGUCUGGAAUUAUGGACUUAAUGAAGAACAUGUAUGAGGAAGGCGACGAGGAUAUGAAGCGCACAAUAGCCAAGGCUUGGACCGACGCCAGAUCUGGGAAAACGACUGAUUCAUUAAGUGGAUUACAUUGAGCUGGUAUAAUGGGUCGAUGGACUUCUGUCUGCUGCGCUAGCCCUGCAGUGUUUUGGGAUGGUUGAAACAGAGCGUUAACAGUGUGUUGUAGGUGUGCUAGUGCUGGAUUGUCUUAUUUCUAAAGGUGGACAUGACAUAUGCAUAUUUGAAUCUCCCCCUUGUCAACGGAGAAAAGAUUGUGUGAAGCUCUGAGAAGUUUUAUGAUUAUGUGUGCCGUAUUUGUGAAAUGAUGGUCAUC